AUGACUCUGAUCUCGAGAAGGGCCAAAUCCACCACGAAGUCAUCAGCCAAGAUGUAGUUGCCACCACAAGCAUCAUCACGGUAACCGAGAUCCCUGCCACACCUAUCCCGUCCCACCAGAGCAAAAACCGUACCCUGGGUCCAUUUGACCAGGCUAAGCUUAGCGCCCCUGCCCCAAAUGUCCCUCGGACAGCAGAGCCACGUGCACGAGGAUGGGCGAGGUUUAGGGAGAGCAUGGCAAAGCCAGAAAGCUGGGGAAACGUUCCAAAAGCUGAAUCAAUGGAGACUUUGCCAGAGCGAAGCGAUUCUAGAAAGAUUUCGGAGCCCAGUGGACUGAAGAAGACCGAUUCCUGUGACAGUGGCAUCACCAAAAGCGACCUCCGGCUGGACGAAGGUGGUGCCCUCACCCCUGUAGACCGAAGCCCGGUCCAGCCCGACGGAAAAUCUCCCCCGAUCCCACCAAUUCCCGAACACACGCUGCAUGCCUCGCUCCUGGAACUCCGGACUGAACUUAAAGAGGAGCUGUCUGCACUCGGUAACCGAAUGGUUGCCUUGGAGACACAGGUUGCUGAGGUGUUGAGGUUGCUAAGGAGCAGAAAGACUCCGACCUCUCCCAUGUCGCUCUUCCAGAUCUCACGGCCUACAUCACCAGACACAGACAAGGAGGACAUGUUCCCUUAAAGAAAAUGAGGCUGACAGACAGUGAGAGCUCUUGCCGCAGGGCCUACUCCGACUGAUGGUUGUCAUGGCAAUGCACCGUCCCCAACUUCAAGUUCGGGCCCUUCAAGAUCCCACUCAUGUAGCAAGUCUUCCCCUCUCUCUGUCACUCACUCACACACACAGACACACACACACUGCUGUUUGUGCUCUACAGUCUUCCUGGUAUAGGGAUCUGUUGCGCUCCUUCCUAUUGGUCAACUCGCCCUCAAACACGAGCCUUUAUCAGGAAUCACAGAGCUAAGCGUCUUACCCAAACACAUGGUGGUGUGGAGAUAAGUUGCUUGACAAAAGACUGGAGAAGCUAUGGAACCAUAAAAACCCCAGGCAGCUUUGGUGAAUUACUUUAGACAAACGUGUUUGUACAAUGACAAAUCACUACUAUCCCAAGAGUUGUACGCGUUACUGGAGAAACUAAUGAGCUCUACAGGGGUUUUAAAGUGUGACAGCUGUUAAGGUCCUUUGCCAUGACUUGCAUCAAUGCACAUCUCAACAGAAUCAAAAAUAAAACCAAACAACAAUGGCAUUGUACAGUUUUAGGGAUGCACUAUAUAUCGGCUUACAGAUUUAUUGGAUAUAUAUCAGCCAAUGUUGAAUAUUUAAAGGUGCCAUAAAAUGCACUGAUACAAUAUUUUAAAUUGUUCUCUGAUGUCCCCAGAGUGUGUAUGUGAGGUUUUAUCUCAAAAUUCCCAACAGAUAAUUUUUUAUUGCUUGUUGAAAUUUC